UGCUGCUGGGGCGUGGCCAUAUGGUUCGAAGGCUGUCAUGCUGGUGGUGAGCGUGGUUACAUCGCUGGGGCGUGGCCGAGGGUGUGGCUACGCGGCCGUACCUGCCUUUGCUUUUCCGAGCUGGGAUCUGGGGGCCGUGCUGCUGGGGCGGGGCCCGGCAAGCCGGAGGCGGGCCUGCAGGCAGCCGGCGGUCUGACGACACUUUUGCGCGCCGGAAGUGAAAGAGGUUCCCUGUACUACGCGGCUGGUAACAUAGCUCCGAAAGUCUGGCGCCGCUAUGCGGAUCACCGGGAAGACUUUCCGCCGCCGGCGGGCUGACUCGGAGUCGGAGGAAGAUGAGCAGGAAUCAGAGGAGGUUCGGUUAAAACUUGAAGAAACCCGAGAGGUGCAGAACUUAAGGAAGAGGCCAAACGGGGUGAGUGCUGCCGCCCUGCUGGUGGGAGAGAAGGUUCAAGAGGAAACUACUCUGGUGGAUGACCCUUUCCAAAUGACGACAGGUGGCAUGGUGGACAUGAAGAAGCUGAAGGAGAGAGGCAAAGAUAAGGUCAGUGAAGAGGAGGACCUGCACCUGGGGACAUCCUUUUCUGCAGAAACUAACCGGAGGGAUGAGGAUGCAGACAUGAUGAAGUACAUUGAGACGGAGCUGAAGAAGAGGAAGGGGAUUGUGGAGCAAGAGGAACAGAAGGCCAAGCCCAAGAAUGCCGAGGACUGCCUCUAUGAACUGCCAGAGAACAUCCGCGUCUCAUCCGCCAAGAAGACGGAGGAGAUGCUGUCCAACCAGAUGCUGAGCGGCAUCCCCGAGGUGGACCUGGGGAUAGAUGCUAAAAUAAAAAAUAUCAUUUCCACGGAGGAUGCCAAGGCCCGGCUGCUGGCAGAGCAGCAGAACAAGAAGAAGGACAGUGAGACUUCAUUUGUGCCCACCAACAUGGCUGUGAACUAUGUCCAGCACAACCGCUUUUAUCACGAAGAGCUCAAUGCACCCAUCCGAAGAAACAAAGAAGAGCCCAAAGCCCGGCCCUUGCGAGUGGGUGACACAGAGAAGCCGGAGCCUGAACGGUCCCCUCCCAACCGCAAGCGUCCUGCUAACGAGAAGGCCACAGAUGACUACCACUACGAGAAGUUCAAGAAGAUGAACAGGCGCUACUGAGGGGCUGGAUAGCGCGUACACACACCAUGAGAAGUUUGAGGAGAUGAGUGGGGAAGGAGGGGAAGAAAGCACACAUGCACACACACACACUCACACAUGUCCAAGUACAAACAAUGCCCUGCGUAGAACCCGCUUCUUAGUUGUUGGGGUUCUCUAUCAGAUGGCGCUUCUGCUUACCUGCUAAAUUUCUGUUCUGGUUUUGGGUUGGAGACUGCGCCACCUCUCUGUGUAUCCCAGGCUGGCCUUGAACUCCCUCUUCUUCCCUACUGGGAUUUUAGAGGCCCCACCACACCUGACUGGCAUUUUCAAGCACUGACUUUGUAGUUUUCAAAGUAAAACAAUGUAUCUAUGUCUAUGUUGUUUCCUACCUGGGGCAAACCUUCUCAAGAGUGUUAUUAAAUUGUUUGUAAAUA